AUGCCUUACAUCGCCCGGACAAGUGCGCUCUCUGAGCUGGCCCUUAAUGGGGGGCUCGUUGACCCCCGAGCUGGUCAACAGCCUUCUUUUGGUAAACGAAUGGUCUGUCGGGACGUAACCGACUUCAUCGCCAACACAACCAAGUCCUCGCCUCCAGAAUUGAGACACGGAAGGACUGGUGCUAGACACAAUAAGUGGAUUACGCCGUACAAUAAGCCAGCUAGCGAGUACCAGGCCAAGCUCGACAGGAUCUUCGCCCAUUCAAGGGACAUUAAACUGCCUUGGGCAGGAAAGAAUUCCGACCUGCCCGUGUCAGACCUCGUACCAGGGGUCGUCAUCAGCGGUGGUCUCAGUCGCUCACCAGCUUUUGAUUGCCUGCCUGUCGUUUCCCACUGGGCUGACCGGACCGACGAUUCUUCGGCUGAGGACCCUGAUGCCACCGUCCGUCUUUCUUCGACCUGGGGUACCACCCAUGUCAUUGGAGAAGGGGCCACCAUGGGCUACCCUCUUGGAGCCCCCUGCUGGUUGCUCAAGACUCACGGCAUAGGUCCGGUCAAGGCUGGGUCAAGUAAAUUUUCUCAACAAUACCUCCCUGAAACCGACACGCUGGUGACGACGGUCAGCUUGGCGCGUCGUUACGACACCAUUCAAACCAGCGGAGUUAUUGGUGCAGCCAUGAGCAUCUCCUGGAUGCGUAAUGCACGCGUUGCAGACGCCGUCGAUUGUGCAACUGGGCUGCUAGCAGAUGCUGCGGCUCUCUUGGCAGCGCGUGAUAAGGUGAUCACGACUGGAGAGACACAGCGCCUACCGUUCGCUGAAGUCCGCAGGGCUCACCUGCCGGCAUGGUGCUCCGCUCGUAAGCCUCUCCCUCCCAAGCUGAGCGGCGUGGCACUCUCAUUAGACCGGGCCGUUGUGGAUCUCCUCGCAGCAGAGGAUUGUGAGGGGCCUCUGCUUAACACCAGCAUUUUCUCUAUGGCGCUAGGCUAUAACCGGGGCGUCUACGGUGGUUCGAUCUCUGGCUUGUGGGCUAUCAUGGACUCGGCUUUUGUCCUGGAUUACUCUAUAGGCAUCAAAAGUGCUGCGAUGGCGGACAGUCUCUCCUCUGCAUUUGCAGAGGUAGCUGCUAUUGCUGAAGAAUCCGUCUCCGCCGGCCCACAUAUCAACGACAUACGGAUCGUCAAGGGCUGCGAUUAUGCAUGCUUGCGCCAGAAGACCAUCAUCGAGGAUGCCCACCCUAUCCCCUCUAGCCCGUGUAUAGUUGUUUGGGACGAUCUCGCUCGGCUUGCCCGUUACAAGCUAGCCGAUGCCGUGUUCUGUCAUGUCUAUUACGAUGCAGGCGGCGGAGAACAGAUGGCUGCCAUCGCCGGCCUUGGCUGCGUUGUGCAUGACUGGAUUGAUCUUGGAGCUGAUAUAGCGUGUGCAGAAGUCAGCAACAUCAUCCCUACUUUGACGCGGGGAUCUUUGGAAGAGGAACCCUUACUCGAGGUUUACUCGCGGUUUCUUGGUUCUAUGAUAUGGUAUCGGGACAACGAUCCCUAUAACCCGGCAGCCCUCUGCAUUCUCUUCACGCACUGGUGGCAGCUCGCUAACUGCCGACACCGACCCAUCACACUGCUCGGCAGAACAGACCUUAAAGAGGGCGCGGGAAUCGCCGCCACAAUACCGGAUGGGAGGCCAGAGUUGGAGCACUUUCGAGCAAGCGGCACCAAGGUCGAGCGUGGGGAGCGUCCCCUCGCCAAUGCCGAAGCACGACUCCAAUCUGUCCUUUCCUCUGACCCAUUGCCCGAAACUCGUGCCGUCAUUGAGCUUUUAGUAGACCCUGUUCUCGCCUACGUGAGAGGGGCUGAUAGCAUACCCGCUGAGAGUGAAUACGUGGGAGCUGUUCUAGCUGCCGAAGUGGCUUAUCCCCACGGGCAGAAGAUUAUGGAGUUGUGGGACCUUGCUAUCGUCAUGUGGGAGUGCGGGGCAAUUUGGGCGGCUGGAGUGGCAGGCCUUUGCUAUACUCAUACCGGAAAGUCCAACUGUGACCGGGCUCGUGAUGACUUGGCUGACACCACCUGGAGUUAA